CAACCACGUCGACGAUUUUAAACUGACUUGCCUUGAAACCACCAUCCCACUUUUGCUGCUGACUUCGUUCUUAUGGCAUGCAACAUGCGGGUGUCGGACUCAGGCGCUCUCAAGCACCAUGGACCUUUCGCUGGCAUGUGCUUCGUCGCCGGCUGUGCUUGUUCUGAUGUCGAACCUAGCAACUGGUCGACGUCACAGCUCUCGGCGUAACGAUCUCAAUCUUACGUCCGAUGCUUCAAGUUGAAAAGCUUUCCUUCAAGUUGAUAAGGCAUCUGACAAAGUACAUUAUCAAGCAACCGUCUCGUCAAUAGGAAGCACAUUGCUCUCUGCCUCAGUUCUAAAACAGGCGCAGAAAGAUAAUCGUACUCAGAUUUCAACCCCACGAUUGCGAUAUUGAUCUCUCGAUGCUGCCCAGACGCCUUCAGCACAGCGCUCGAGGCUGAAGCUGUGUAGCUCCAUUCGCGACUCAGUAUCAUCUUCACACUGUUCCUGAAGAGAACGCAACCAACCCGCUGCUGACAGCAACGACUUUGUAUGCACAAGCCAUUCCUCCACACCCUCGCAUGUGGGUCGCACACCUGCAGCGAGCGCCGGAGAUGAUUUCUCGCCAUCCAUCCCCAUGCGACGCGUUGGUUGUCCCCCAAGAACGCCUGAUAGCUGGCAGACGCACACAUGGCUCUUACCCCGGCACACUCUUGCUCACCGGCCAGCUCGCUGGUGACGAAAUUGUGCUCAAGAUGCUCGGUAUGCAUCCUAUAAGAGCGGCACGCCAACGCAAGCGGAUAGCCUUCACCGCGCUCGCUGGCGGCGCCUCGCUUCUUAGCUUUGCCGCUCCUUCCAUGGCGUUUGACAUGUCCGCAAAUACCAACGAUGACACUGUGGACACCAUCCCGAUCGCAUUCGUAAAUGUCUUCUUCGAUACCGACAACCUCCCGUCGAUGAACCUCGCCAACACUUGCAACCCUUCAGACAACAAGACCUUUACCGGCUCCGACUUGCCCGAUUGCUCGACUCUCAAUGCUGGUAUUAAAACGUGCCAGACAAAGGGCAAGACCGUGACGAUCUCCGUCGGCGGUGCUAGCGGUUCAAUCGGCUUCACCAGCGACUCGCAGGCGCAAACUUUCGCACAGACUAUUUGGGACUUGUACCUCGGAGGUUCCAGCCAGACGCGUCCCUUCGGCGAUGUUGUGCUUGAUGGUGUCGACAUUGACAUUGAGGGCGGGUCCUCGACUGGCUACUCAGCGUUUGUUACGGCCAUUCGCAAGCUGAUGGACGCAGACACCAGCAAGACUUACUACAUUACCGCCGCCCCUCAGUGCCAGUUCCCCGAUGCCUACCUCGGCACCGCGUUGAACGAAGUCGCUUUCGAUGCUGUCUACGUUCAGUUCUACAACAACUUCUGCGGUGUCAAGAACUACAACAACGCAAACGCCUGGAACUUCGCGACUUGGGAUGACUGGGCCAAGAACACGUCCAUCAACAAGAACGUCAAGAUCUACAUCGGUGCACCGGCCUCGAACACCGCCACGACCGACCCAGCGGAAUACGUUGAUCCUGCCACCCUGACCAAGAUCCUGCAGGACACGAAGGCGCAGUACUCCUCGUUCGGCGGUGCGAUGCUUUGGGACAUGUCGCAGGCCUACACCAACGACCGUUUCGACAAGGCAAUCAAGGCCGCCCUCGGUGGCGGUUCUUCACCCUCGAGCUCUUCCGUUGCCCCGAGCAGCACUAGCACCUUCCCUUCCUCCUCCUCGUCAGUCUCGGCACCUGCGUCCACCUCCUCCGCAGUUUCGACCUCCGCGCCUGCAUCGACCUCCUCUGCUGUCUCGACAUCCGCGUCGGCUACCUCCAGCGCUACCUCCAGCGCUCCGAGCCCAACUUCCACCUCAUCUGGUAGCUGCACCGGCGUCGCUGCGUGGGUCUCCACCACCGCGUACACCGGUGGCCAGCAGGCCACCUACAACGGGCACCUCUGGACUGCCAAGUGGUGGACUCAGGCCGACACCCCCGGAGGUACCCAAGGCGACUGGACUGACGACGGCGCCUGCGCGUCGCAGAAGAAGCGCACUCUGCGCCAUCGCCGCGGUCACUACUGA